AUGGCGGCAUUCUUACAAAUUUUAUUUUUAAGUUUUGUGUUUUUACUGUGUCAUAGUAAUUUAUGUGUAAAUGCUGGUACAAUUACAAUUGUAACGCCAAAACAAAAUUUAACGAAAACAGAAUCAGCCUCGGCUCUACCAGCAGCGGGAGCACCGAGAUUGGAAGCAUCAGCCGGACGAGCAUUACCUGGAAAUAUACCAGAUGAUUUGUCCGUCUUUUCAAAUGGACGUAAAGCAAUAUUGAAUGUAUUGCAAUGCUUAUUUCAAAAAGAAGAUCGAGCACAAUGUUUCUUUGAUCGAGCGCAGAGGGCAUUAGAUGAACAACGUUCCAAAUUACUAGCACAAGCCGAUGCUGAAGUUGAUCGUUACUACAGUUUAAAAACUGGUGGUCGUGCCAAAUCAGAAGAUAAACCAACAUCUGUAUCACAUUCUGUAACACAAAUUAUCACUGAGUUAACGGACAUGUUAUCGGAUAGUUUUGGUACAUUCUUUAAUAAUAAAGAGGAUACCACGGGCACCAAAGACGUAAAUACGAUAACGGAUGAAUUGGAUGACGAUGAAGAGGAAGACGAAGAUAUUGAUACAAAUGCAGCAUCGGAGGAUGGAAGUACCGGUGUAGCUGAACGUACCAGUAAAGCAGUUUCCCAUGGUAAAAAAGGUUCAGGUCCAGAUCUAUCGCAAUUAGUACCCAAAAUAAAGGUCAAAAAGCAGCGACGAGUAAAAUUAAUCCAUAAGUUAAUUGGUUUAUUAAAAUUAUACAUAGCGGCCACAGCAAUUCGUAUGAAAGUUGAAUUCUUAUUGAAACUGUUAUCAGCACAUUUACAAAUUAAAUUCUUCCUGAUUGCAUUGGUUGGAUUAUUAAUCAAUUUAUAUAAAUUCUUUAUUGAAUUGAAGAAACAUCAUCAUGAAUCGAAGAUUUGGUAUCAUGAAGAUGCCCAUCACCAUUAUGAACCGGAUACGUCUCAUGGAUGGAAAGAGAAUAAUGGAUGGGGCGUAUGGCGACGAUCUUUUAAUCAUAAUCAUUUAGCGCCACAAUCCGUGGAUACUGUACAUAAGAUUGUCUAUGCUGGACAAAUUCCAGUUCAGAAAAAGAUAUAA